CCCCCCGGAGCUCCCCCACCAGUGCACGAGUUUACCUCUAGAGGUCAUCAGGCAGGAUUUACGACUGGACAACAAAAGCACGUGAUUUGAAGCCGUACCCCAUAUUUGGGUGCCUACGUAGGAGGGAACCAAGUACAUGUCCCAGUCAUUUCCAUAAUUCAUCAUAAAUUGUGCAAGGGUGCUAUAGACGCACAAAACGACCAAGAGCCACAAAUCAAGCACACAUAUCAAAAAACAAAUGAGCUCUUAUUUUGUAAACUCAUUUUGCGGUCGCUAUCCAAAUGGCCCGGACUACCAGUUACAUAAUUAUGGAGAUCACAGCUCGGUGAGCGAGCAAUACAGGGACUCCGCCAGCAUGCACUCCGGCAGGUACGGAUACGGCUACAAUGGCAUGGACCUCAGCGUCGGGCGCUCUGCUUCCACCCACUUUGGUGCCAAUGAGAGACCCCGCAGUUACCCGGCCAACACCACCUCUGCCUCGACAGAGCCCAGGUACAACCAGCCCGCGACGUCUUCCCACUCGCCUCCCCCUGACCCUCUGCCCUGCACCGCCGUGGCCGGUUCGCCUGUCAGCGAGAGUCACCACGGGGUGAAAAACUCCCUCGCCAACUCCACCAGCACUUCGUCCAAUUCCAGCAGCAACACGCACAUCAGCAGGGACGGGGUUGGCACCUCGUCUGGGACUGAGGAAGACACUCCAGCAAGCAGCGAGCAGGCAAGUGCCCCGACCGACCAAAGCACAGCCCAGCCUUCACAGCCCCAGAUCUACCCCUGGAUGCGAAAACUGCACAUAAGUCAUGACAACAUAGGGGGACCAGAAGGGAAAAGGGCUCGGACUGCUUACACCCGAUAUCAGACCUUGGAGCUGGAAAAAGAAUUUCACUUCAAUAGAUACCUGACCCGCAGAAGAAGGAUUGAAAUAGCACAUGCUCUUUGCCUCUCAGAGAGACAAAUAAAGAUCUGGUUCCAAAACAGGAGAAUGAAAUGGAAAAAGGAUAAUAAGCUGAAAAGUAUGAGCAUGGCAGCUGCAGGAGGGGCAUUCCGUCCCUAAGCAUUUGAUCAAUUAAAAGUACUGAGCAGUAUUAGCUGACCCUGCGUCUCAUGUCAGUACUAAGUUGACUUUCUAAAACUUCCUUGUGUUACUUCUGUGAAGAAACCCUGUUCUUGUCGCCCUUAUUCAUCUUUUAAUCAUGAGCCUGUUUAUUACCAUUCUCUCGCGUGUAUAAGUAGAUCUGCUUUUAUCGUACAUUUCUUUGUCUUGAAUGGCUUUGUCUUGAAAAAAAUAAUAGAUGUUUUAACUUAUUUAUAUGAAGCGAGAUGUGUUACUUGAAGUAACUGUUAAAAAAAGCAAAACAAAAAAGAAAAAAAAAAAAAAAGAGGAAAAAAGAGAGAGAGAGAAAGAAACCCUCCCCCGGUUUAGUACAAAUGUUAUGUGUUGCACUCAACCUGCUUAACUGUGCAUGUGUGGUCAAGUGUUAAUGUCUGUAUAGCUCCAAGCUGUUAAAAAUAUUUUUAUUCAAACUACCUAUAUAAUUCCUGUGUAAUUAAUGCUGUUGUAGAGGUGAAAUGAUGAAAUCAACUGAACUUGUCCUACGUGUAGUGAAUAGUGAAUCUGUGACGAAAACUGUGAUUCCAAGCAGUAUGUCCUUGCUGUGCCUUUGUAUAUGACUCUUUGCACGAACUCUUAGAAGUGGCUCUUAUUAAGCGCAGCUUCUGUGAUGUAUGUUUUUUUGUGAACAAAGUUACAAAUAUAGUCAAAGUCUGGCUGUUUGAGCAAACUGUGAUCAGCUUUUUUUUUUUUUUUUUGUAUUUGUUUUUAAAAAAACUGACUGGAAAUCAACAAAAAAAAUAAACUUUCUAUU